AUGGAGGAAGACGCCGUCAAAAGCUUCUCGCUGCUGCCACUGUCUGUGCCGUCUUCGUCCCCAGCUGCCGCCAUCACAUCUCCAUUGCCAUUGAGGGUGGUCAGCUGCCGAUCUGUUUCCGGGAACCUCAUUGUCGCUGCAAGUUGUUCAGGUCACCGCUGCCGCUUGAGGUGGUUGUCGGGCUGCCGCCGAAUCGGUUCGGAGACCGCCGCUGUUUCAGUUCAGCCGUUCUUUCUUCGUUUCGAGUCGUUGUGGUUGCUGAGAAAGCGGUUUAGAGCUGAGGUUGCGGCUGCCGCCGUUGCGGGCCGAGGGAGAAUGAGUUUGUGGCGCAUUUUUAAGUUUUCGAGUUUCGAUAAUCGAGGUUAUGGACGACGAAGUUCGAAAGAGCUUAUUUCUUUUCUGUUAGACGAUAUUUCUGUAUUGUUUUAGUAUUUAUGUUUCCCUCGCCUUUAACUUUACAAGUUUUGUAAGAGGGAUAUGAUUUUGAUAUGAGAUACUUGUAAAUUAGUAUAUAUAUAUGUAUGUAUGUAUGUAUUUCCUGUGAGUAUGGUAAUUUAUAUUGUGAGUAUGAAUGUAUGUU